AUGGUGUACUGGACGUUAGUGAUUGGUGCCAUCAUAAUUUCUUGGCUGUACAAAUUGAAUAAGGAUUAUGUGGUGCUGGCAUUAUUUGCUAAACGGGUGCGAACAAUUGAUGGCACUCCCUUGGAGAAUUCAGUGGCGCUCCUCAAAGGACGCACAAUAUUUGGCAAUGUCUUCGAUUUUGCAUUAGCCUCUGAUAAUUUGUUCGACUUCGUGCGCCAACUUACUGCCGAAUUGAAACGUAGUUAUGUACUAUAUGGAUUAUUUAGGCCUUUCUACCAGAUUAUUACCGCUGAGGAUGCUGAACUAGUGCUAAACGAUCAAAACAAUCUUACCACAAAGGGUAUUAUUUAUAAUUUUUUGGAGCCGUUCCUAAAUAGAGGACUGCUGACGUCAUCAGGCAAAAAAUGGCAUUCCCGUAGAAAAAUGCUGACUCCUGCCUUCCACUUUAAUAUACUUGGACAAUUCGAAGAGAUUUUUAAAGAUGGGAGUAAAAAAUUUGUGGAGAGUUUAGAAGCCGGCGAUUUAAGUUCUGUGACUUUAAACGAAAUCAUACCGAAAUUUACACUCAAUGCCAUUUGUGAGGCCGCAUUGUGUGUCAAAUUGGAUGAGCAAAUGAAUGCCGAUCAAUACCGUGCCAGCUUCAAAAUGAUCGAGGAAGUUGUCUUGAUGCGUAUCCAAAAUCUAUUUUUUAUGUUUGAUCUCAUUUAUAAAGUAUUCUUAGCGCCUAAAAUUGCGAAACACAUUUCAAUUGUGCAGAAUUUCUCCAGUGAGAUAAUUGACAAGCGUCGGAAACUAUUCGCGGAAGAGUCAGAGCAUAAUAAAGACAAGGCGCAUGACAACCAAAGCUUCUAUACGAAAAAACGCUACGCCAUGUUGGACACGCUCUUGCGCGCCGAACGCGAUGGACUCAUUGACCAUGUGGGCAUAUGUGAGGAAGUGGACACAUUUAUGUAUGAAGGCUACGACACCACAUCGAUGGCGCUCUUAUUUUCACUUAUGAACCUUUCACUGUAUCCAGAAAUGCAAGAACGCUGCUAUCAAGAAAUACUUGCAUGUGUUGAAGAUGAUUUGAGUCAAUUGGAUAUUCAGCAGCUGGCCAAACUAAAGUAUCUGGAGUGUUUCAUUAAGGAGACCCUACGUCUAUAUCCCUCAGUGCCAUUUAUAGCACGUGAGGCUGUGAAUGAAACUCGCCUUGCCAAUAAUCUAAUAUUACCGGAAGGUGCACAAAUUGCCAUAUAUAUUUACGAUAUACAUCGAAGUGCUAAAUACUAUGAAAAUCCGAACGAAUUCGAUCCGGAACGUUUCACGCCCGAAGCGUCAGCCGGACGACAUCCUUUCGCGUACGUACCAUUCAGCGCAGGAAAAAGAAAUUGCAUCGGACAAAAAUUCGUUAUGCUGGAAUUGAAGACGAUUUUAGUAAACAUCUUAAAAACUUUUAAAAUUUUACCUCUCAUGAAGGAUCAAGGUAUAAAGCUCGAAGCCGGCAUAGUUUUAAGGACACCAAAUGCCAUUAAAGUUAAGUUAGAAAAAAGAGUUUGAAGUUUUACAAAAAGUAUGUUAUGUUGCGUUUAAUUAAAUGAGAUAUUUUAAAAGGCCAAUCUUCACGAGCAAUUUCGAAAAAUUCCUACUUAAUUCUCUAAAUUAUUUAGUAUUGUUUUUAAAAACUCGUAAGUUUUUGACAGCUGUUCAGCUGUCUAUUAAGGAAUCGUUCUUCUGGAAAUAAGCUCGCUUUUUAUAACGCUUUUAGUACACAUUAAAUGCUGUUCGUAC